UUUAUUAUACUCAGUGAUUAAGAUUAGGGCCUGCGAUCCAAAAUCAUUGAAGAUGGCGGCAACUACUCCAAAACCCGCGUUCACCUCUCUCCCUUCUUCCGCUCCAAAGCACUUUACCAACUUCGCAACCCUCCCAUUUUCCUCAACCCCAAACAGCCCCUCUCAAUCCCAACGCCGUUCCCUUCGAAUCUCCAGCUCCCUCUCCGACCCUACGCCCAAAGCCACCGCCUCCGCCGUUGCCCCCGCCACCGAACUCUUCGUUUCCCGAUUUGCUCUCGACCAGCCCCGCAAGGGCGCUGACAUUCUCGUCGAAGCCCUUGAGCGUCAAGGCGUCACCGAUGUCUUCGCCUACCCUGGCGGCGCGUCGAUGGAGAUCCACCAAGCCCUCACGCGCUCCGCCACCAUCCGCAACGUCCUCCCCCGCCAUGAGCAAGGCGGCGUUUUCGCCGCCGAGGGUUAUGCCCGCUCCUCCGGCCUCCCGGGCGUCUGCAUCGCCACCUCCGGCCCCGGCGCUACCAAUCUCGUCAGCGGCCUCGCAGACGCCAUGCUCGAUAGCGUUCCCCUCGUCGCCAUCACCGGCCAAGUCCCUCGCCGCAUGAUUGGCACCGACGCAUUCCAAGAAACCCCUAUCGUUGAGGUAACGCGAUCCAUCACCAAGCACAACUACCUUGUUCUUGACGUAGAUGACAUCCCUAGGAUCGUGAAUGAAGCUUUUUUCUUAGCAACUUCUGGAAGACCUGGUCCUGUGUUAAUUGAUAUACCUAAAGAUAUUCAACAACAGCUUGCGGUUCCCAAUUGGGAUCAACCAAUUAGGUUAACUGGUUACACUUCUAGGUUACCUAAGUCUCCCAAUGAGGCACAUUUGGAGCUCAUUGUGAGGUUGCUCUUGGAAUCUAAGAAACCUGUUUUGUAUGUUGGUGGUGGGUGUUUGAACUCUAGUGAGGAAUUGAGGCGUUUUGUUGAACAUACUGGUGUUCCUGUUGCUAGUACUUUGAUGGGUCUAGGUGCUUACCCCACUGCUGACGAGAAUUCCCUACAAAUGCUUGGAAUGCAUGGAACUGUUUAUGCUAAUUAUGCUGUGGAUAGAUGUGAUCUCUUGCUUGCGUUUGGGGUGCGGUUUGACGAUCGUGUCACGGGGAAGCUUGAGGCUUUUGCUAGUCGGGCGAAGAUUGUUCACAUUGAUAUUGAUUCGGCUGAGAUUGGGAAGAACAAGCAGCCACAUGUGUCGGUUUGUGGCGAUUUGAAGUUGGCCUUGAAAGGGAUAAAUAGGAUAUUGGAGAGCAAAGGGCUUGGGGGUAUACUUGAUUUCAGAGCUUGGAGAGAGGAACUGAAUGAGCAGAAACACAGGUUCCCUUUGAGUUAUCAGACGUUUGAGGAAGCUAUUCCUCCUCAGUAUGCCAUACAGGUUCUUGAUGAGCUGACCAAUGGAAAUGCUAUUGUAAGUACUGGAGUUGGGCAGCACCAGAUGUGGGCUGCUCAGUUUUACAAGUAUAAGAGACCUAGGCAGUGGUUGACAUCGGGUGGUCUUGGUGCCAUGGGGUUUGGAUUGCCUGCUGCCAUUGGAGCUGCUGUGGCUAACCCAGGCGCAGUUGUGGUUGACAUUGACGGUGAUGGGAGUUUUAUGAUGAACGUUCAGGAGCUGGCCACUAUUAAGGUGGAGAAACUCCCUGUUAAGAUACUGUUGUUGAAUAAUCAACACUUGGGUAUGGUUGUUCAAUGGGAAGAUCGCUUUUAUAAGUCUAAUAGAGCUCACACUUAUCUUGGAGACCCGUCUAAGGAAGAUGAAAUAUUCCCAAACAUGUUGAAGUUUGCCGAUGCUUGUGGGAUACCAGCAGCACGUGUGACGAAGAAAGAAGACCUUAGAGCAGCAAUUCAGAAAAUGUUGGAUACCCCUGGCCCCUACCUUCUUGAUGUCAUUGUACCCCAUCAGGAGCAUGUCUUGCCAAUGAUUCCUAGCAAUGGAACUUUCCAGGACGUGAUAACUGAGGGUGAUGGAAGGACAAGUUACUGAUUUCCUGAGCAUAUUUAUCUUGAUGGUGGUUUUGUAUAAUACUAGGCUAUAUCAGCUUCUAAUUUUUGUAUUAAGUCAGCAACUAAAGUAGGCUGUUUGUUUCUAUACAAUUUCCGUUUCUUUUACGUGAAUGUAACCCCUACUGCUCUGUAAAUGAGUGCAAGUAAUAUUCUUUUUGUUCAUUAUAUCUCCCCUUGGUUAUUUGGUUGAUUAUUUUGGUGCUGAAAUUGCAUUCAUGGUUACUUAGCAAAAUAUUGCAAUCAGAAUUCAGAAGCUUAUUUCUUUGUACCAAAAGCACAGAACUGGUAGUUAGCUAUGGAAAACACAUGAAUUAGCAUGUAGAACUGAGUUCAUUGUCUCUUAGAUACUAACUUUGACAGCACUUAUAUUUUCUCUUGGCUGUCGUAUUGAAAUUUGAAUUCCUUAAUAUCAACACUGUUACGCCGCCCGGUUUUUAUGCAAAAUUGUCUGCUACAGGCAGGUCUUUUGAUUGAGUUCUCAAAAGAGAAUUAGAGGAAGAAGCAAGAAAGUUUUCUUUGAUAGAGGUUAUUCUGUGAAGUUGCUUGGUUAGAAUUGAUGGCAAAAAGUGUGGGGUGUUUUUCAUGUUACUAGUCCAGGUAGUUGUGCAAAUUAGGCAUAGCCUCUUCACUUUAAUUUAUCUUAUUAUUAUUAUUAUUAUUGUAUUUAAUUUUUUUAA